AGAUUUACCUUAUUUUUCGGAUCCUCUUCAAGUUGUUUGUUUCUGAAAACCUAAUAAAUCAUUAAAAACUAUAAAACUCACGAAGCUUCAUAGAUGCCACCACUUAAUGGUUGGCACAUUUCAAUUUCAAUAACUUAAAAAGAAAAAAUAAAAAGUUGAUUUUUUCCCUACAAAAAAAUAUUAUUUUCCCAUUAACUUUUUAUUUUCCUUUUCCUCAAAUUUAUAUAUACACACAUUUUCUUUUAUUUAGUUUCAUUUGAUUCUAGUUUCUGGUUUGUCAUCAAAUCAAGCCAAACCAAAAUUUGAGAAUUCUGUAGAAUAUUUCAAGGGUGAAAUUAUUAAUAAUAAUUAUCAUUAUUAUUAUCAAGGAUGAAGAAAUUACCAGGUGUUGAUGAAAAUUUGCAGAAGAUUUUGGAUUCAAAAAUGGAUGAAGUUCCUGCUAGAAGAAAAGCUCGUGAGGCUUUUAAGGAUAUUCAGCUUAAUAUUGACCAUAUACUGUUUAAGACUCCAUGUGAUGGACUAGAAAUGAAAGAGUCUUAUGAAAUGAACUCAAGAGGGGUAGAGAUCUUUUGGAAAAGUUGGCGUGCAAAGGAUUUGAAGCCAAAAGCCUUAGUUUUUUUCUGUCAUGGAUAUGGAGACACUUGCACAUUUUUCUUUGAAGGAAUAGCUCGAAAACUUGCAUCAUCCGAAUAUGGAGUUUUCGCUAUGGAUUAUCCGGGAUUCGGUCUUUCACAAGGUUUACAUGGAUAUAUUCCAAGUUUUGAUAUGCUUGUGGAUGAUGUUAUUGAGCAGUACUCCAAAAUCAAAGAAAAUCCAGUGUUCAAAUCACUUCCAUGUUUUCUUUUUGGACAAUCUAUGGGUGGAGCUGUUGCAUUAAAGAUACAUUUGAAACAACCUAAAGCUUGGAAUGGUGCAAUUCUUUGUGCACCAAUGUGUAAAAUUUCAGAGAGCAUGGUUCCACCAAAGUUGGUUGUUCAUAUGCUAACUGCGAUGGCAAAUCUUCUUCCGAAGAAUAAGUUUGUUCCGACAAAGGAUUUAGGAGAAGCGGCAUUCAGAGAACCAAAGAAGAGGGAACAGACAGAAUAUAAUGUUAUUAGUUACAAGGAUAAACCGCGCUUAUGGACUGCUGUAGAACUGCUAAGAACCACCGAAGAAAUCGAACAAAAACUGGAAUACGUGACUCUACCAUUAUUAAUCCUUCAUGGAGAAGCUGAUACAGUGACUGAUCCAUCAGUGAGCAAAGCAUUGUAUGAAAAAGCAAGUUCUUCAGACAAGAAACUUGAGCUUUACAAAGAUGCUUAUCAUGCUCUAAUUGAAGGUGAACCUGAUGAAACAAUAACUCAAGUUCUUAAUGAUAUCGUUUCUUGGCUUGAUGAUCACAGCUUGAAACACAAUCAAUCUUCUUAAUAAUGAUUGUAUAUUUACAUAAGAAAGAAAUAAACAUAAUAUCAAUCUUGUUUCUUUUACAUUUUUUGUUGUUACAUUGACUAUAGACUAUAGUUAUGUUGUAUAUGAAUAAUAAUAUGCAAUGUGUAUAUCUUUACAUAAAAAAGAAACAGACAAGCAAUUUUCUUCUUUUA